AUGGACUAUGUUCGUCCCCUUCUCCGUAGUCUAUCAGAAUCGAGUAACGACCAUGAUAUUAUAGACCCUAAACUCGAAAUUAUCCGUUCAGAAGGAGCUGAUAUACGAGCGCGUAAAAGAGACGGAGAAGCUUUAGAAAUCCUAGCAGAGCAUGCAAAAAGGAAAAAAGUUGGCCCAUCGCUUAUGGAAUACGCAUUAUUACCGUUUCGCUCAGUUUUCAAAAUGAUAACAGGAGGAACAGACGACGAACAUGAAGACGAGGUUGUUCAGAAGUCGCUGUCUUUUCCUGGUGAUAAGAAAUUCAAUUUCCCAAGACCUGUGAAAGAUGAAGAGGACGAUAUUAUUAUUUUAGAAAAUGAUGUUGAGUCAGAAGUUGAAAAACAAGAAGUUGAUCAACUCAACUCAUCUAACUAUUCCAGUCGAGCUGAAAAAAGCAGCACACGAGCAGAAAUUCUCACCGUAGAGCCGGCCAUUACAAUAUCAUCUGUCGAUGAUUGUUCAGAAAAUGAGGUGGAAAUCGUUGCUGAAGUGCGCUGCACUCCUAAAGCAGUUUUCCAAAGCCCUAGCCUACAAGAAUCUUCAGAUUCGAUAUCGAACUAUUCAACAAAUGGGCUUCGAUCAUUCUCUGGUUCUCCUUGUCCAGAUGACAGCGUCAGUCGACAAACAACCCCUAAAAGUUUCCGCUUGGAAACAUCGUCAUUUGACAGAUGGAGUCGUAAACCCAGAAAAUUCCAACAGCGAAAGGCUUGCACUGAUGCCUAUGAAAAGUAUCUUCGGGAUUAUAUGCAAAACUUGGAUAAAGACCCGAUGACCACCAAUGUCAUUCAAAUUAAUGCCAGAGAUACAUACAAGGCAAUGCUCGCUGAAAGAGAUCAGAGGAUGUACAAAAUGCCGAAGCAGAAGCGAAUAGGAAAACUCAAAAGUAACCCCGUACACAAUAACUAUUUGAAACGUGUACGUAAUGCACUGGUCAGAUUACCUGCUGAUUUUAACUUAUCUUCAACUGAAUAUACUAAUGAUGUUUUCAAGAAUGAUGGUGAUGAGACUUUCGAUAGAGAAAUAUCCCUUGUGAAUAUUACCAAUAGUGAGCAGGACUAUGAGGGCAGAACUCAUGAUGUUUCUGGACGCAGUUCUCGUUGUUCAGAAUCUAGUAAUUUCUCUAGUCGAUUAGAAGAUAGCGUAAAUGAUAUAAUGCACAAAAUUAGGGAAGUUGAUAUUCAACUGAAUGAACAGACCACUGUUUACGAUAGAUACAAGGAUGAAGUUGAAUCUAGGAAACGACGAGAGAUUGAACUGAAGGAAACCUUGAGAAUAACAAAUCUCUCCCGAGCGAAUGACCGUGCGGAGAUAGAAGAACGAGUUCGGCAAAACUUAGAGUUAGUUGGCUUGAGACCUCCCAAACCAAAAGUACCGGCUAAGGACGAGUUUCCAACCUUGCCUGAAGAAGCGGAUGAUAUUUGUGCCCGAGCAUGGGAUAGACGAGGAGACCCUGAGGAAGUAUUUGUUGAUACAGCGGCUGCUAAAAUUUCUCGAAAAGAUCUAGCUACUCUAUCUGGUCUUCAUUGGUUAAAUGAUGAAAUCAUUAACUGUUAUUUGAACAUGAUUGUUCAACGUUGUGAAAAGGAUAGCAAUCUUCCAAAGGUGUAUGCUUUCAACACGUUUUUCUUUACCAACAUUGCGACAAAAGGAUACGCCAGUGUAAAACGAUGGACAAGAAAAGUUGACAUUUUCUCAUACGACAUUCUUUUGGUCCCGGUUCAUAUGCAUAAUAAUCACUGGUGCUUAGCUGUUGUGGAUUUUCCUAACAAAAAGAUAGAAUAUUUUGAUUCGCUGCAUGGAAGAAACAGCCAAUGUUUGGAACUUGUCAAACAGUAUUUACAACAGGAAUCACAGGACAAGAAAAAGACGAAUUUCCCAAUGACAGACUGGUCGCUUACUAUAAGAAGCGAUUGUCCAGAGCAGUAUAACGGAAGUGAUUGUGGAAUGUUUUCCCUCAAGUUUGCUGAAUUUGUCUCUAGACGAAGAGAAGUCAUUUUUACCCAGCAGCACAUGCCUUACUAUCGUAAGCGCAUGAUGAGUCACGGAGGUAGUAAAUCUGACUCCAGUGCUUCUCACGUCAAAGACGGAAUUGUCGACUUAUUAGCAGGAACAUGCGGAGGAAUAGCCAAUGUAUACGCUGGACAGCCGCUUGAUACAGUGAAAGUCAAAGUCCAAACCUUUCCACAUUUGUACAACAGUUGGGUUGUUUGUCUGAAGGAUACUUUCAAGAGUGAAGGAGUUAGAGGACUUUAUGCUGGAACUAUCCCUGCUCUUGCCGCAAACAUAGCUGAAAACGCUGUCCUAUUUUCCGCUUAUGGGUAUUGUCAAAAAUUCGUAGGAUAUGCAGUUGGACACUCGGAUCCAAAAUCUAUGACCCCGCUUGAGAAUGCUUUAUCUGGUUCCUUAGCUGCUGUAUUUGCUGCUACUGUUCUUUGUCCUACUGAACUUGUUAAAUGCCGUUUACAGUCCGCCACAGAGCAGAAGAUUAAAUGCACUCCCUUCUCGGUUUGCCGGGAUAUGUGGAAGGAGAGAGGAAUGAGAGGUUUUUUCGUAGGAAUGACUCCAACACUUGCAAGAGAAGUGCCCGGCUAUUUCUGUUUCUUUGGCGCAUACGAAACUUGCCGUUACAUGCUGACGCAGGAAGGCCAAAACAAAGAUGAUAUAGGUUUGAUGAAAACAGCUUGUUCUGGCGCUAUCGGCGGCAUGGCCUUAUGGACGUCUAUUUUCCCCGCUGAUGUCGUGAAAUCUAGGAUGCAGGUGCAAGGUGGAGGAAAGUUCGGCGAAAUGAUCGUAAGUAUAGCUAAGAACGAAGGAAUCCGCGGACUUUACAAAGGACUUCUUCCAACUUUAAUUAGAACUUGUGUAGCUUCUGGAUGUCUCUUUGUAGCCUACGAGGAAUCUCGAAAACUGAUGCACAGCUUUUUCUAA